UGUUGAGAUUUAACACUAGUUGGACUUGCCUUUUCCUAAACUAUGACUGUGGAAAAGAAAUGGAUAAAACUGUGGAUUCAGUGGAGUGUUUCCGUUUGAUCACUGUGGACUAGUUGGUGGCUGGACCCAUUCUCCUCUCUCUCUCCUCUUCCUCCUCCUCUCUCCAUUUGUCCCAAACAAAAUCUCUCCUUUUCUUUAGUUUCCCCAACCUGCUCCUGUUUAUCGAAUUCCUAAAUCCAAUCCCCUCGUCAAGCUCGCUCUUUGCUGCGGGAGGCCGAGGCCGAAGAGGUCGUCCGGGAUGGGAUCACGAAAGAGGUGGCUCCCCGUGGCCCUCCUGCUCUUGGCCGCCUCUGCCCUCUGGCCGCCGGUCGCAGCAGCAGCCGCAGCCGGCGGCGGCGGCGGAGAGGCCGAACACGCCGUUCAGCAGCAUAGCGAGCGCAUCUCAGGGAGUGCUGGUGAUGUGUUAGAGGAUAAUCCUGUGGGGAGGUUGAAGGUCUUCAUUUAUGACUUACCAAGGAAGUACAACAAGAAGAUGGUCACUAAAGAUCCACGGUGCCUCAGUCACAUGUUUGCCGCCGAAAUUUUCAUGCACCGUUUCUUGCUCUCAAGUGCUGUCCGGACACUAAAUCCCAAGGAAGCUGAUUGGUUCUAUACACCAGUUUACACUACUUGUGAUUUAACUAAUGCUGGUCUGCCCUUGCCAUUUAAGUCACCACGGGUGAUGAGGAGUGCAAUCCAAUAUAUUUCAAACAAAUGGCCCUUCUGGAAUAGGACUGAUGGAGCGGAUCACUUCUUUGUUGUUCCUCAUGAUUUUGCAGCAUGCUUCCACUAUCAGGAAGAAAAGGCUAUUGAGCGUGGAAUUCUUCCAUUGCUGCGACGUGCUACAUUGGUCCAAACUUUUGGACAGGAGAAUCAUGUUUGUCUGAAGGAGGGUUCCAUCAUUAUUCCACCCUUUGCUCCACCGCAGAAAAUGCAAGCUCACUUGAUUUCCCCUGACACUCCACGCUCAAUCUUUGUUUACUUCCGGGGACUUUUCUAUGACACUGGGAACGACCCUGAGGGCGGGUACUAUGCAAGAGGUGCGCGAGCUUCGCUAUGGGAGAACUUCAAGAGCAACCCUCUAUUUGACAUUUCCACGGACCACCCUGCCACUUACUACGAAGACAUGCAACGUGCUGUCUUCUGCCUCUGCCCAUUGGGCUGGGCACCAUGGAGCCCUCGGUUGGUUGAGGCUGUGGUCUUUGGCUGCAUUCCAGUCAUCAUAGCUGAUGAUAUUGUGCUUCCAUUUGCGGAUGCAAUCCCAUGGGAGGAAAUUGGUGUCUUUGUCGAGGAGAAGGAUGUCCCAAAGCUAGACACAAUCCUCACGUCGAUGCCUAUAGAUGACAUCUUAAGAAAGCAAAGGUUACUUGCAAAUCCAUCAAUGAAGCAGGCCAUGCUGUUCCCGCAGCCAGCGCAACCAAGGGAUGCGUUCCACCAAAUCCUGAACGGCCUUGCUCGGAAGCUCCCUCACCCGGAGGGUACGUACUUACAACCUGGCGAUCAGCAUCUCAACUGGACUGCCGGACCUGUGGGAGAUCUGAAGCCGUGGUAGAGAAGAGAAGAGCUGUCUUCUUGGAUAAGCUCUGCCAUGAGCACCUCCUAGGACUAAUGCGUGCUUCAUGAAAUACGAUGUGAUCAAAAUGCUGUGUGCUUUAGGUGCAAAAAUACACCUUGGCCGUGCCUAGUCCUUAUGAGAAUGAUGUAACUUAUUCAUUUCCGAUAUAAAUGAAAUGGUAUUUAUCUUGCUUUCA